AUGUUCACCAGAAAGCAGUGCCUUCGUGACGUGUGGCACAAGACUGACGCGACUUCGAGGUCCACCGCUGCCAUGGCAAUGGAGCCUCCCAAGCUCGCAGAACAAUUCGCGCAACCUGGCGCCCCACCUAGUCACCGCUAUCAAUACGCGCCGUCUACGUACUAUGUCCCUCCUGCACAGCCCGCUCUCGCGUCGCUAAACACGACCGUACCCCCCACGUCAUUCGUACCGCGGCAGUCGUGGUCGUUCGAUGUCCACUCUCUGGAGAUGGAAUAUCCGAACACUUCUGCUGAUUCCGCGUACGGCGACCAUGCUCCCACUUCUGCUAACUACUACUCCGACUCUGCUGCUUCUCAGCUUGUGGGAUAUCCAGAGUCUUCGCAACGGACUCUCCUUGACGAGGCGGCCUAUACUGGGGUCUACGACCUUCAGUAUAACGGGGGGACUCUGCCGUUCCGCGCGGACGACGUGAUGAUGGCAUUCGACUCUUCUGACAGGACGCGCUCUCACAUGCGUACCGGGAGCGGUGGCGCGGAGCGAAGGAUGGUGUAUGGGGCGGAGGAGCAAUACAUUGGUGCGCGGAAUGAUUUCCAGGCUCCGGUGUCAUCAGAGCGGCUGCUCGCACACCCAAUACCCAAUCUCGUCUCGCCCUCUAUGGGGUUCCCCGCUUCCUCGAUGCACCCCAUGCUCCAUAUCUUACCGACCGGCUCAUCGACAUCGCCUCUCGCGCCGGUGAUCACCGACUCGGCUACGCUGCCAGAUACUCGAUCAUCGCGAUCGGUGCCGUACGCCCCUCAGCAGCGGCGCAACUCCGUGGAGUCCGUGACAAGUACGCUCAGCCCCUCUGCCGUCCCGUCGCUGGUGUACGACGGGGAUACGGGCGAGGAUUACGAUGGGGACUCGGACAGCAGUCCCCCCUCUGCAGCCUCUGAGGUAUCUCGUACGUCGUAUGGUGCCGCGAACCCAGGAGGACACCGUGUGUCCCGAGAGUCCACCUUCCAUGAUAUUUGGUCGCGAUCUUCAUUCGACACCUCUUUCUGUGAGUCGACGAGCGUUCAGGAGUUUGAUUAUCCCACGCAACAGCGCACGCGUAGCCCUCAUUCGUCCGUCAGAGCCCACUCGUCUCCGCGCCUUUCCCCUUUCGACCAUGCCCAGUCCGAACGGCCCAAAACGUCUCACAAGAAAUCGAAGAUGCAUCAGUGCAGCAUUUGUUUCAAGAUGUUUCCCCGCCCGAGCGGGCUCGCUACGCACAUGAACUCCCACUCUGGCGCGAAGCCAUUCAAGUGUCCGAUACCCACCUGCAACAAGAGCUUCGCAGUCCGCUCUAACGCUAAACGUCACUUGCGCACCCACGGCAUUUUCCCCUCCUCGGACACCACCAGUUCGACUCCGUCCCAAUUUACUGUUGGCUUCGACACGCCAUUGGUGUCCGAGGUGCAUGAGGUCGGGAAACUCCCGGCGAAGCUCAGAUGGGUCCCCCAGAGCCUCGCCACGCGGACCAACGCGGACUAUCUGAGAGACGCCCCAUCUGAUUCGGAUGAGGAAUACGCACACCCAUCGUGCCCCCUGUUGCCUGUUCCGUUACCACCCGUCAAGCCUUCGACGCCCACGUGGAAUCCGGACGACCGCUACGAGGAGCGGAACUCAUACGACGAGGCGAGCGGCAGCCCAUACAUCCCGCGCCAGUGGCGCACUCUGCCCGGCCCAGCUAUCAUCUCGUCCAACAGCUUCUGA